AAGUGGAAAAAAAGUGAAGUGAAAUGAAGGCUUGAGCUGAUGUCUGACCGGGUGGAGUGAGAUAGUAACUUGGCGUCGAGGAGGAAGGGUUGCUGAAGCCCUCUCUAUUUUCCUCGUUUAUCCUCGUUUAUCCUCGUUAUUCCUCCUCUUCCCAUGGUCUCAGUGGAGGAUGAAGGACUGGUCUAACCUUCCCUAGCCCUGGUUUUAGCAUGGAAGACAGUGACACGCAGGAAAGUGGAAAAAGGGAAGAAAAGAAAGAUGCUGAUAGUCCGUGUGAAGAAGAGUCUGUGAUCUCUAAACGCAAAACUGGUUGUGCUGUGUUGGAGUGUUUCUUGGUGUGUUGUCAGUGUCUCUCGUGUUGCAUUGAUGUUGCUGGUGAUUGUGCUGACCCCUGACAACACACACAACACUCCUCAACCACCUACUACCACAACCUCCACCAAACGAAUGAAACUUAGUGGAAGAAACUGGUUAUGAUGUGUUGUAGUGUUUCCUAAAUGUGUUACUAAGUGUCUAUCCUCCCCUUGUGUUGCUUUAGUGAGUGUUACAGCCUGAUAACACACACAACACUCCUCAACCACCAACCACCACCACCACCACAACCUCCACCAAACGAAUGAAACUUAGUGGAAGAAACUGGUUAUGAUGUGUUGUAGUGUUUCCAAAAAGUGUUACUAAGUGUCUAUCCUCCCCUUGUGUUGCUUUAGUGAGUGUUACAGCCUGACAACACACACAACACGCAGUUCUUAGCCACCCAAAACCAUCUUCUCUUCCACCUCUAUCAAACGAGUAAGUGGAGAAGGCGAUGCAAUGUGGUAAGUGGACGAAGGGAAGUGGAAGCUGCAUCUCCACCAUAACCACCAUAACAUAACAACUCAGCGGUUUCAUACAUCCUCUCAGAAAUAUCAAGGAGGAAAAAAAGGAACACAAAAGAAAUAGUGAAAAUGAAAAUGAUCUACCCCGGAAUAUGAAGUAAGGAAAAUAAGCAUGGAAGCGUAAGAAAGAAGACAGGAAAAGAAGAAAAUAGUGAAGAUAGAGGUUAGAGAAAGAAGAUAACGAACAAGGAACAAGAUAGAAGAAGAAGAAGAAGAAAGAAGGUAGCUAAAGAAGAAGAAAACGAAGAAAAGAAAGAUAAAGGAGAAGAAACGAGGAUAAGAAUAUGAAAUAGGAAAAUAAAAACUAGACAACGAAUACAAGAAACAAGAUAAAGAAAGGGAAGAAGGUAGAAAAAAAGGAACAAAAAAGAAAAUAGUAAAAAAACAUAACUAAGAAUAUGAAACAAGAAAAGAAAGACAGAAAAUAAAAUAAAGAAGAGAAAAAAAACGAAGAGGGGAGAAGGUAGAAGAUAAAGAAGGUUACAAAGAAGAAAAGAUAGACAGAUAAGGAGAAAGAUAACGAAGAGACCAGACAGAUAAAGAAGAAGGAAACGAAGACCAAGCAAUAUAGAUUUAGAUGAAAGAUAUAAGUAAGGUUAGGUAAAAUUUGGACCAUAAGUAAUAGCCUCGCAUAGCCUCGCGUGGUUACUCAUCGAUAAUACAUAGAUGGAAAUAAAGACAAAGAAACAUUGAAAAAAACGAAGGAGAAGAAAAUAAAGAAAGUAGAAGGAAAGGGGAGGAAGAGAAAGAAGAAGAAGACGUUAGAUAAAGAAAGUGAAAAGACGAACAAGAGGAAAAAAAAGAGAAGAAAAGGAGAGGAAAAAGACGUUAGAUAAUAUAUAGAUGGAAAUAAAGACAAAGAAACAGUGAACAGACGAAGAAGAAGAAAGAGAAAGUAGAAGAAAAGGAAGGGAAAGGAAGAGGAAGAAAACAUUAGAUAGAUACAUAGAUGGAAAUGCGAUAAAUAAACAGUGAAAAGACGAAGAAGAAGAAGAAAAAGAGAAAGUAGAAGAAAAGGAGGGGAAGAGGAAGAGGAAAAAAUAAAAUGAAGACAGGAGAGAAGAGGAAAGGAGGAAGAUGAGGAAAAUGAGGGAAAAUAUUGUACCGUCUAUGUUACGGUUUGCUAAAAGUGUGAGGCUGCAGCGAGGUGGAGGGUGGAGGGCUUUGAGGGUGGGGGUGGUGGCGCUGGUGGUGGUGGUGUGGGUUUGGGUCUACCUCGCCUCCCCCCCCUCCUACACCCCGCCCCCCCUGACCCGCGGUGAUUGGUCAAGUGGCUCCCCCAGUCUCCAGGUGGCAGCUCCAAUCAGGGAAGGAGGAGGAAGAGGAAGAGGAGGAGGAGGAGGAAGAAGGGAAGAAGAUGAAGGGGUAAUAGACAAAAUAGAAGGACUGGAAACGUGGAAAAUUAACAACGUAAGAAUGGAAAACAAAAUUCAUCCCUUAAAAGUUGAAGACGAAGAAGAGGAAGAAAAAAUAAUAGAAAGAAGAGGACAAAUACUAAUAGAAGAAGAGGAGGAGGAAGGAGAAGUGGAAGAAGGGAUGAAGAAGAGUAACAGAAAGAAGGACAAAGAGAAGAAUAAAGCGGAGGAAGAGGAAGAACAGGAACAAGAAACGAAUCCGCGCUACCACAACCGAAUACGAGAGGGAAAAUUGGGUCUAGGGAAAAAAAUGAAGGACAAGGAAAAUUUCCCUAACAUAUUCCCCAAACGUCGACUUAUUUUACCCGGGGACACGAAGCUACUGGAGGAAGAGGAGGAGGAUGAAGAGGAGGAGGAGGUGGUGGUGAAGGAGGAGGAGGAAGGGAAGUGGAAGGGCAGGAAUAAGGAGGAAAUUGAUAACCACGCCAUGGAGGAGGAGGAUGACGUAGUGGAAAUAGGAGAUAAAAAUGAUAAAGAGGAGAAUAAUGAGGAUGAUAAGGAUUUUGUGGAAGAGGACGUGGGAGGAGAGGCGAUAAAGAGGAAGAAGAGGCAGAGAAGAGAGAAGCGAAGGAAAACGGAGAAAGAAAACAAGAACACAAUAGUCCACCUUGAAAAUGCCCCCAAAAAUCACCUCAAAGAAAACGGCAAUCGAGAUCAGCAGGGGUCACUUAAGGAGAAUGACCCCGCGCAUGACCUCCGUGACCUUGACCUCUUGGCUAUCGAGGAGGAGAUGCGGCAGCGGAGGUCACAGGUCAAACAGGUGUGUGCCAGGUAUGGGUUGGGCCCCCACGCCCCCCCUGGUGCCUCCCGCAAGGUCAAGUACCCCCCCACCCCCGCCUACGAGACCUUCUAUAUUGACAGAGGCGACAAGCUGGCCUGGUGCCCUGUCUACAAGGCCGCCUCCACGUCCUGGCUGUACGGGUUCCUGAGCCUGGCGGGCAUCUCUGAGUCCUACGUGAAGAACACCAAGGAGCAAGUGUCCACCGUGGCUAGGCGUGUGUGGCCUGCCCUGCCCUACGACGAAGCCAUGGAGGCUGUGAACAUGUGCGUGAAGGCGAUGGUGGUCCGUCAUCCCUUUGAGCGGCUCGUCAGCGCCUUCAGGGACAAGCUGGAGAAGGUGGAGGGCGGGGAGGAACACGGGACCCAGCACUUCUACCAAAAAUUCGGCAGGAAAAUCGUCGAAAAGUACAGAAAAAAGGACGAAAAGAAGGAAAACGGAGAUAUGAGAGUGAGGGGCCGUGAAAACCAGAGGAGUAUAGAUGCGAGAAGGUUGAAAAGAGGUGAUUUAGAGGUUGAUAUAGACGUUAGAGGAGGAAUGAGUUACGACAGGGUGUUUGAUAAGGGAGGGAGAGAGGAGGCACAGGGUGAAAUAGGCGUUAACAAUGGGUUUGCAGGCGUGAAUAAGGGUAAUGAUGGGGAUAAAUUAUCUCCCCCACUACGAUACACCAAUGCAAUAGAUGACACUGACCCCCACCACCAUCACCCACCACCCCCUCCACCACCCCCUCCACCACCACCACGAUACAAACACGUACUCGAAGACGCACCCAAUCCACCACCACCACCAUCUCGAUCACCACCAAUACGAUUCCCCGACGAAAUAGACGACCUCCAACACCCCCCUGAACCCCCUCCACAAAGAUACAAGCAUAUUCUAGUCGAGGAUUCACCCCUACCGCAAUCCCACCCCGAAAAUUCCCCAAAACAGGGUAAAGAGCCAACAUUUAGGGAAUUCGUUAGAUAUUUAAUAGAUUUGGAUCUCACAUCAUACGCAGAUGACCACUGGAUGCCUUACCAUCUCUCCUGCACCCCCUGUCUCGUAGAUUUCGACGUCAUCGCGAAGUUCGAAACGCUAAACCGGGAUCAGGCGUUUCUCGUGCGUAAAACGAAUUUGGCGGGAAAACUCAACUUCGCGUGGCGCCACCUGACGAAGGGAAGCCGAACUGAGGAGGUUGUGAAGCGGUAUUUUGCCGAGGUGUCCAAAAAGGAGUUGAUGGGUUUGUACAAGAAGUAUAAGUUGGAUUUUGAGAUGUUUGGUUACACUGUGGACGAGUAUUUGGGUUUUGUGAUGCCUGAAUAGCGAGAGAGAGAGAGAGAGAGAGAGAGAGCACAAAGUAGUAAAAAUGGUAGUGAUUUAGAUGGUUAAUUUAUCUUCUUAACGUUAUCUCAUUUAUGCAACGAUUAAGUUUCAAACCCGCCGAUUGUGAUAGAGGUUGUGUGUGUGUGCGUGAGAGAGAGAGAGAGAGAGAGAGAGAGAGAGAGCACUCACACCCAUGCUACUACUUUUACUAUAAUGUGAUCGUUUAGGUUUUACUAUGCAAGGAGAGAAACUAAGAGACUCCAAUGUGUUCCUGUAUAUAAGUAGAAUGACUAUACUUAUUUCAAGGUCUCAUACACAUAGUAAUUAAGUUAUAUUAUAUGCAUACGGAGCAGCUGACUAAUGUGGUAAUACUCAUACUGUUGGUGAAUGUUUUCCUACAGUGUCAUUUUAUUUUGUUUAGUUUAUUUUCAACGCGAUAAAAUGCCUCGGUUUGGGGGUGCGGUUUAUCUUUUUCGGCUUACGAACAAAAAUGUGUUGUUAAGAAAUUUUAAUAAAGGUAAAACAAGGAAGUGUUA